AUCCUCCUUUACGCCUUCCAAUAUUCUAUCGCGCGACAUCUCCUCUCGCCUUCUUUGCGGCUUGUCACAUCUUGAGCUGCGUCUCCAAUCACGACAUUGAAUGCCCACAGACUCACAUCGAUAUCACAUCACAUACCGAGAGACCUCACGCCUCGAACAUGCAGUAGCGACGACUCAUUGCCCUUUUUCCUGUUACAUUCUUUUUCAUUCGCCUGGAGCACUUAAUUAUUUCUCGUAGAACGUCUGGCUACGUUCAAAUUGGCUGUACAUAAUCUUGCACAUAAACCUUUCAUACCCCGUUGCGUAUCAACUCGCAAAAUCUCAGACCGUGGCAUACUUUGCCGCAUUCGCAAUCCGCAGUCGGUGCACUCUAAACAAGGAUCGAGCGAUCAAUAAGCGAUUAUGACGCCCAGAACGCCCAACAGUGUUGGGGAGCCGUCCACUCCGACCAAGGUCCAACCGUUGUUGUCUGCGCGACCACGCCCAAGUUUCUCCGGCGUUAAGGCAGCCGAUGCAUCAUUAAAGCUCGCCCAUCCACGCUCCCCGCAACCGCCGCAGACGAGCGUCCACUGCCCCCAGAACGCGCCGAAUAAUGCCUCACGAUCGGUAACAACGACGGAUUUAGGCGGUGCGCCCGCGACAUCCGAAUCCUUCUCAUCCGCCUCACCUUCGGACAAACCAUCCCCGUCGGCACUGCUUACCACAUCUUCGUCAAUCGAGAACCUCACGACUCUGCCACAACUACCUUCGUUUGGCGAGCACCGCGUGCGAAAACACCGCAAGAACGCUUGUUCCUUUGACUCGGCUGUGCCCCGCCAGACUAUUCUGAAGGCGCUGCAAUCGCGCCCACCGACGUCAGAGUCCAUGGAUCAGGUAAUCAUGGAGGGAAAGAGCGCAGGAGCGAUCGAAGAAGGGAAGACGCGCCGGUCCAAGAGCAUCACCCAACAGCGACUGGCCGAGGCCAUUUCAGAACUCAAGCUGCACCACUCGGACGACCUCGCUAUAAGCAAGAUGGCCACGCUUGCAUCGCCAUGUUUUUUCCACAAGAAGUUCGACAAGGCCGUCAACCUAGAGAGGGUGCUGGAAGAUAUGGCCGAGGAUGAUACGUUAUCGCAUUCGCGACUCAUGCAGACGGCAUUUGGCGUCCGCGAGAUCGCGAAGCAGCUCCAGCGCCGGCCCAUCAAGAUGACGAUGCGCAACAUUAUGAUCGUUACCAAGGCGCGCGACAAUAACCUAGUGUAUCUCACGCGUGAGCUGGCGGAAUGGUUACUCAACACGCCUCGUUACGGGUCAGAUGUCGGAGUCAACGUCUACGUGGAUCAUAAGUUGCGCACGUCGAAGCGCUUCGACGCAGCUUCUCUGGUAGCCAAAGACAGCCGUUUUGAGCAGAGACUCCAUUACUGGACCCCAGAUCUUUGCUGGGAGUCUCCCGAAAUAUUCGACCUUGUCCUUACACUUGGCGGCGAUGGCACUGUUCUCUUCACGUCCUGGCUUUUCCAGCGCAUUGUUCCUCCAAUCAUGCCGUUCGCCCUCGGCAGUCUUGGUUUUCUGACCAACUUCGAGUAUCCGCAGUACAAAGAGGCCUUGGGCAAGGUUAUGGGCGACGCCGGCAUGCGCGUAAACCUCCGUAUGCGUUUCACCUGCACUGUCUACCGCUACCAGAAGAACGCCGCCCCCGAUUCACCUCAACACAUCGAAGCUGAGCAGUUCGAAGUGCUUAACGAACUCGUCAUCGACCGCGGCCCAUCACCCUACGUUUCAAACCUCGAACUUUAUGGCGACAACAAUCUCCUCACCGUCGUGCAAGCAGACGGCUGCAUCUUCUCCACGCCCACUGGCUCGACAGCGUACUCUUUAUCCGCUGGUGGCUCCCUUGUGCAUCCCGAUAUCCCUGCCAUCUUACUCACACCGAUAUGUCCGCACACGCUCUCCUUCCGCCCUAUGCUGCUCAACGACAGCAUGCUCCUGCGCAUUGCCGUGCCUCGCAAGUCCCGCGCGACAGCAUACUGCGCCUUCGACGGCAAAGGCCGCGUCGAACUGCGUCAGGGCGACCAUGUCACUAUCGCUGCCUCGCAGUAUCCGUUCCCUACUGUGUUGUCGCAACCUACAGAGUGGUUUGACAGUAUCAGUCGGACACUGAAAUGGAACACUCGUGGUGCGACACAGAAGGCGUGGGAUGGAGAUGAUGACGAAGAGGGCGAGGAGGAACAUGAGGCUGUGUUCGAUAUCGACUUCGAUAAUGACGAUGUUGAUCGCGACUCGGGUUAUAGUUGUGAUGGGUCGACGGCCGAUGGGCGGGGAAGUCCAAUGAGGAAGGGCGUCAUUCUCCCGUUCAUGUAGGUUAUGCACUUCGGAAAUGAUGAGCGAUGAGAGGUGUAUGGGUGUUUGGUGUUGACUGUCCUUCUUCUGACAACCUUGGGAAUCGGCUCACGCUGCUGCUGCUUGGGCAGGUCCCGGUGGUUCUUGACAUAGGGUUGUGUGUUUUGUCUUUUCAUUGUUAUCCUUCGAUUUGGAUAAUUUCACAUAUGGUUCACUUGUGCAGCAGGCGAAGAUUUUGUUCGAUCUAUGAUAUCCUAGUUCGUUGUAGAUACUUGCUUAGAAAUACAUAGAAAUUGGGUCUGGCAAGAAGGACUCGUUUAGCAU